AUGAGCGACGCACCCGGCGCAGCAGCCUCAGCUAUGGGCAGCGGCAGGGAGCUCGCCAACCCGCCGUCGGACGGCAUCUCCAACCUCCGUUUCUCCAACCACAGCGACCACCUCCUCGUUUCCUCCUGGGACAAGACGGUUCGGCUAUACGACGCCGAGGCGAAUCUGCUCAAAGGGGAGUUCGCGCACCCCGGGCCUGUGCUCGACUGCUGCUUCCACGACGACUCCUCGGGGUUCAGUGCUGGCGCCGACCACACCGUGCGGAGAUUAUCAUUUACUUCGUCAAAGGAGGAUGUUCUGGGGCGUCAUGAUGCUCCAGUUCGCUGUGUGGAGUACUCUUAUGCUGCAGGACAAGUCAUAACUGGCAGCUGGGACAAGACAAUUAAAUGCUGGGAUCCCAGAGGAGUUAGCGGACCAGAGCGUACACUUGUUGGGACAUAUGCUCAACCAGAGCGUGUAUAUUCUAUGUCACUGGUAGGAAAUAGGUUGGUUGUUGCAACAGCAGGAAGACAUGUCAGUAUUUAUGAUUUGCGCAAUAUGUCUCAACCUGAGCAAAAAAGGGAAUCGUCUUUGAAAUAUCAAACACGCUGCGUCCGAUGUUUCCCCAACGGAACAGGGUAUGCUCUAAGUUCUGUCGAAGGACGAGUGUCUAUGGAGUUCUUCGACCUGUCUGAGUCUGCACAAUCUAAAAAGUAUGCUUUCAAGUGUCACCGGAAAUCUGAGUCUGGCAGGGACACUGUUUAUCCUGUCAAUGCCAUUGCAUUCCAUCCAAUAUACGGCACAUUUGCCACUGGAGGCCAUGAUGGAUUUGUGAACGUGUGGGAUGGCACAAACAAGAAGAGAUUGUAUCAGUACGCGUCAAGCAUUGCUGCUCUGUCGUUCAGCAAGGAUGGGCAUCUGCUUGCUGUGGCAUCAAGCUAUGGUUACGAAGAGGGAGAGAAACCCCACGAGCCUGAUGCAAUAUUUAUCCGUGGGGUGAAUGAAGUGGAGGUUAAGCCGAAGCCCAAGGCAUUGGCCGCACCCCAGUAG